UUCUUCUCUUGUGACAAUCCAGACAGAAAGGAAAAGCCUUUCUGAGUUCCAGCUGAGUUAUAAGGUGCUGAGAUGACAGAGGACUGUUGUUCUGGUACCAAAGGACCAACCGCAAGGAGGGAAAUGGAGUUAAGUAAUCAUUACCAGCCUGCCUCAGAUCAUUCCUGUCUUUAAAGCGGACAUUUGGUAAAUAUUUUGGGUUGUUGCGCCGCCAGAGACAAAGUUGGCGCAUGGAGAGGGACGAAGUUUCAUUUUUGCGCAGCGUCUUUUCUUUGUUUUCUUUGUUUUUGUCGCCACUACGUGUCAACCAGCGUCGCACAGCUUUUCAGUCAACAAAAGACAAGUAGCCCGAGUGCAGUUUUGACAAUUUUCCCGUCGCUGGCGCAUUGAGUUGAAGGUAGAGAAACGAGACAAGUUGAGGACGCAUUACGUCGGGUGAGAUGGUGGACAACAAACCUCUUCUUCAGGACAGACCUCCCGCCUACAACACCGUCCCCGGGGCAUAUGAGUACGGCCCGCAGCAGCAUAGCUAUGGGGCAAUCCCCCCUCCGGCCCCGCCGCCCUACCCCUACCCCUCCGGCCCAGGGUACCCCUCGGCCCAAAUGGCCCCUGCUGUAUCCCAGCAGCCCUACGGUGGAACUUACACCAUCAUUCAACCGUCUGUAGUGGUGGUGGGAGGCUGCCCUGCCUGCAGAGUUGGUGUCCUGGAAGAUGACUUCACUUGCCUGGGGAUCCUGUGUGCCAUCUUUUUCUUCCCGCUGGGUAUCCUCUUUUGCUUCGCACUGCGUCAGAGAAGGUGCCCCAACUGUGGCGCCACCUUCGGAUAGAGGGGCCAAACCACAGCCAUGCACAUGCUUGUGCUCCCAUGCCUACAGACACACAUACACAGAGAUACACACACACACACACACGCACACACACACACACACGCACACA